AUGGGGCAAAAACCAUCACAACAGUUGGCUCUGAAAGACGGCACAGAGGUUUUCAGCGUCGGUGAGGUUGUCAGCGAGGCGAUAGUCCAUGCGGCUGAGAAACUGAAGGACUAUCUUGGAUUUGAAGAUCCUCUGAGCAACCUGUGCCCAGCUUCAAACACUCUGAAUGAGAUCUUCUUAAUCCACUUUGUCACCUUCUGCCAAGAAAAGGGAGUUGAUGAGUGGCUCACCACCACCAAGAUGUCCAAGCACCAAGCCGUACUGUUUGGGGCAGACUGGAUUUGGACCUUCUGGGGAUCCGAUAAGCAAAUAAGGCUGCAGCUGGCAGUGCAGACCCUGCAGAUGUCUACUCUUCCUCCUGUGGUUUCUAAGCCUUGCGACUUCUCACAUCCAGAACCCGGGCCAGAGGAGCCUUCCAGGAAGAGAAGUAGAUUCGAUAAGCUGGAAGAUUUCUGUAACUUGAUAGGAGAGGAUUGCCUGGGCCUGUUUAUCAUCUUUGGUGUGCCAGGAAAGCCCAAAGACAUCAGAGGAGUUGUCCUGGACAGUGUCAAAAGUGAGACAGUGAGGGGCCAUCUGCCAGGAGCAAAGGCCGUGGCGCAAUUUGUCCGGGAAACUGAAGACUGUGUCUCCAUCAGAGAGCUGCUUGGAAACUGUCUGAGUAAGAAAGAUGGGCUGAGAGAGGUGGGCAAGGUUUAUAUUAGCAUCCUCUGAACUGGAUGUGCACAAUCAGACUGGCCUGUAAGGCAAAAAGAAAAAAUACUCUAAUAGGCAAGCUCACACACUUGCAUCAUCCCAGCAUGGGAUAUGUUGUUGUUGUUUUUUUUUUUUUUUUACACCCACCCUCCAUUGAAUGAAAAUGAUCACCUGGGUCAAAAAAUAUAAUGUCAUGACUACGGAGAGGGAAAAACCCUGCCUACAUUGCAGGGAAAAGUUACAAUUUCCUUUAUUCAAUUAUAAAAAUGGGAGGAGGGGAUAAUAAAGUCACCCUUAAAGUUU